AUGUUACAGAUAAAAUAUAAGAAUAAAUACACUUAGCAUAUUCAAUAAUACCUAAAGAAAAGGUUCAUCUUAUUAAUUUUACAAAAUGGGAUCUAAAUUUAUUUUGAAGAUAUUGUUUCAAAUAUGACACCAAGAUAUGUAUCUAAUUUAUUAAAUAUAAAUGGGGAUAAUUGUGAUCCCAUUUAUAUUGAGUAUAAGAAUGUAAGGGGAAGAGAUGUAAAUAUAAAUACAUUAAUUCAUAUUACUGUUGAUGUUCCUAAAAAUAUACAUUUUUCGCCUGUUAUUGAUUGUUAUCUAUAGAAUUAAGUAUCAUCAAUUAAACUAUACUUUUAGAUUUUUAAAUUAUUUAACUCUUUAUAAAAUGAAUUAAUAAAAAAAUUAAUAGAAAAAUAAAACCUCUUAAAUUAGCCUAAAUUAAAUAAGUUAAUUUUAACAAACCAUCUGAUUUAUCUUAUAAAACUAGAGUAGUUGGUGGUUAUGAAUAUUAAGAAUAUGUAAGAAAACAAGGGGAAGAUUAUUAAUAAAUAAAAGAAGAAGAUUUAUUAAAACAAUAAUAAAUAGAAGAAUUAAAUGUCUUAAAUAUAAUGA